AUGCUCUCGCCCAAUCCCAUCAGAUUCCCCUAUGUGUAUUUGACAGCUGAAGAGUUUAGGGAGAAUUCACGAAGGAGUGCGGGAGGCCAGAAUAUUCGCAAGGCUUUCCCUCCUUUACUCUCAUUGCAACGUACGACCACGAAGCCAGCAACGCUCAUGCCCUCUCUAUCCUCUAAACGCUUAUAUCUUCGAGGGCUAUCGAAGGACAUUACGGAGGAAGAGUUGUCAAAGUACCUCUCGUGUUAUGGAACGAUCACUGAGGUCAAACUACUUCCGCACUACGCUUUUGUCCAAUUCGAAUCGGAGAAGGACGCUGCGCAAGUCCUCAAGACUUACCAGGAUCAACCGCUUUUCGGCAAACAUGUUGUCAUCGAAUUUGCACACCCCUUGCGCAAGGACAUGGCUUCAUUUUCGAGUAGCAAUGGCUCGGAGAGCUGUCGCUCUCCUACCUAUAGAGCAAGUGGUCGACAUCCUGUCGUCGUGCUCGAUAUCCCAAACGAUGUUCGUUGGCAGGAGCUGAAAGACUUCGGUAGAUUGUCGGGUAGGCUCGUGGCGUAUUGUGAUCUCGACAAAAUCCAGCAAGGGCGAGGAUUUAUUGAAUACUUUACCCGGGAGGACGCCAGGCGUGCCGUCAGAGUUUUAGACGGUCAACGUCUUGGUGGCAAGAGUGUGCGAGUGGUCAGCCACGAGAAAUCCAUCUCGUGGCGAAGAUGUCGCUCGAGGUCCCCUGAGAGGCAGCCAAUCUUCCGCUACUCGCGAAGUUACAGACAUGAUUCGGACUACCUCGCGCAUCGGCCAGGCUAUAUUUACCCCCGGCACGCCAACGAGCAUGAUUAUGACUUUGGCGAGCGCCGGCCGUUCUCAUCGACGCCGUUGUACCAGUCCAAUUCUAGCUUCAGUCCCGACGAGAGGGAUUUCGGCUCUCGGCUCUUCCUCGACAACAACGACGUGGGAGUGCCUGAUCCAAGCACUGCGAGGACUACCACCUGGGCAGCAAGCUCACACCACGACUACUACCACCAAAGCUAUGAACACACCACGUCUCGACACUACGCUGAUGAGGUUUAUUACAGCGAUCAUAGGGAUUCCGCCUUCGAGGGAAGUGCAACCCUCCGCCGCGAUUAUCAUCACUUCCAGCGCCCGAUGGACCCAUAUCAGUGA